AAAAUUUCAAUGCAGUCGUUUCGGUUAUUUUUCUGGUCUUUUUAUUUGCUAAUACACGAAUUUUUCUCUCAACUGACCGAAAAUGUGACUCAAGAYAAUGAUACACUUGUGUUAUUACACGUCAUUUUCAGACACGGUAACAGAACUGUGAACGGUCCUGAAGAAUUGUACCCCAAGGACCCGUAUUUGAACGAGACUUAUUUUCCAUUUGGGUUAGGACAACUUACAAAUGCGGGGAAAGUGAGAGAAUACUCAGUUGGUAAAGCAUUGCGAAAGCGGUAUGAUAAUUUCCUGGGGGGUUACUACCACCCUGAAUUGGUCGAGGGUUGGAGCACUGAUUAUAACAGGACUAAAAUGUCCCUAGAAUUGGUUUUUGCGGGGUUGUUUCCGCCCCAAAAAGAGGAAACUUGGAACCAGGACUUGCCUUGGCAUCCCAUUCCAUACAAUUAUCACCAGAGAGCCGACGAUAAGGUUUUAUUGGGGGUGACUUGUCCGUAUUAUUUAAAAUUGUACGAUCAAGUGGUAGAAUCUCGGAAUUAUCAAACCAAAGUUCGGAAAAAUCGAGAAAUAUUCGCCUACAUUUCGAAUAAUACAGGUCUCAAUGUUACGAAAUUCCUCGAUGUUUAUAAUCUCUACUUCGGGUUGGCCACAGAGGAAGAAUGGGGUUUUAAGUUGCCCGAAUGGACAAAGUCGGUGUGGCCGAAAACAAUAAUCGAUUUAAGUAUCGAAGAAUAUUUCGCGUCAACGGCCACAACAGAGCUGAAUCGGAUGGCUUCUGGUUAUUUCUUGCAAAAAAUCAUCACGGAUACGAAGAAAAAAAUUCAAACUGGCAACGAGCGAAAAAUUUAUUUGUAUUCCGCUCACGAGAAUAACAUCGCGGAAUUGUUAAUCCUUCUUGGGAUUUUUGAACCGCUGCACAUCCCGGAUUACGGCUCUUAUCUCACUUUCGAAGUGCAUCGAGUUGGGGACAAAUACGGGAUUAAGAUUUAUUAUGAGAAUUAUACCGGAGGUGGACCCAAACUGAUGAAAUUGCCAGCUUGUGAGACGUUUUGUGAAUUUGAUAAAUUUAUGUCUCUCAUUGAGGAAUAUAUGCCGGUCGACGAUCCGUGCAGCAAAUAACAAAAAACAUACAUACUUUUUCGGUAACUAAUUAACAAAGUUAUCAAUAAAUAAAGUCUCAAAAAUGA